CAGGGUUGAUUAUGUCUACGCUGAAGCCCUGGACUGGAUCACCUAUCUGGGGUGUUCCAUGUCUGUUGUGGGCUUGGUUAUCACAAUAGUUUUUUACGUCAUGACCAGGAAAUCCGGUAACAGCAGCCCAGCAGUCCUGAUGGUGAGCCUCUGUGUCAGUCUCCUCAUCUUCACCCUCCUCUUCCUGCUGGGGAUCAACAACACCAACCCACAGUCCCAUGAACCUGAAGACAAGGACGCCAACGUCAUGCCUUCCUCUGACCUGCACGUUGACCCAGACCACGGACCCUGCACUGCCGUGGCAGUCUUACUGCAGUACUUCCUGAUGGCCACCUUUGUCUGGAACUCUCUCUAUGCCUGUCACAUGUUCCUACUGCUCUGGAACCCCCUGAGGAGACCCCCAUCCUACCUCCCGACUAUCACCGUGGUCACUGGAUGGGGAGUUCCUGCUGUUCUUGUUUCCAUCACGUUGGGAGUCACCUACAGAGUGGACAAUCCAUUAAACUACCGACGGGAAGAAUUUUGCUGGCUUGCUGCUGUAAACCCAGAGGGACAGUUUGACUUUGCAAAGCCAAUGUUCUGGGGGUUCCUCAUCCCAGUGGCUCUAAUUAUGAUCUUUAACACAGUUAUCCUAUGCUAUUUUAGCUACACAACAUGCAGGACAGACCCGGAAUUAACCAGCACCACACAGUCCUCCAACAAGAAAAAACUUCUGAGUAGUUUCUCGUUAUCAGUGGUGUUGGGUCUCUCCUGGAUAAUAGGCUACCUGAUGCUCAUCAUACCAAACAAGAACAUGCACUUCAUCCUGAACAUCGUCUUCUGCCUGUGUACCACCACACAGGGACUUCAGAUCUUCAUACUGUUUGUUGCAAGAACGUCCAUCUUCAGGCAAAUGAUGUUGGCUCUUCCUAUCGGCUGCCAUAUCGAAAGUUACACUCUAUGGAAACACAAAGCCAGAAAUAGUCAGAGUCAGUACUACCAUUCCCAGCUCCUCCAUCAGUGCUACAUCCACACCCACCACUGCCCCCACCACCAGCACUCUUUCCACCACUGCCAUCCACACAACCCACCCUCCUCUGAACUGCGCCAAUGGAGGUGA